CUCGCAGCAGGCGCAUCAACAAUCUCGAUAUCAUACCUCAGAAGCUUCUGACGCAGAGAUCCUCUCUUGGAAUCUAAAGAUGUCUCCGAGUGUUACUUUCAAUACCAUCCCACUUCCCAGUGGUGAGAACGUCUUCUAUCGUAGCGCAGGACCCGACUCGGCGCCUACGGUUCUCCUUCUCCACGGCUUCCCCUCCUCUUCCCACCAGUAUCGGAACCUGAUCCCGUUGCUAGCUACCAAGUACCGGGUCAUCGCGCCGGACCUGCCAGGUUUUGGCUUCACACAGCUGCCUUCCACUUACGAAUAUACCUUCAAUAAUUUAGCGAUUACCAUCGGGACGUUCCUUGAAACAAUCCCGAAUCCGCCAGCGAAGUACAGCAUCUACAUAUUCGAUUACGGCGCCCCAGUAGGGUUACGACUAGCUCUCUCGAAGCCUUCGGCAAUUCAGGCCAUAGUCACCCAGAAUGGUAACGCAUACGUCGAGGGCCUCGGUCCUGCAUGGGAGCCGAUCAAGAAGUACUGGGCGACAAACAGCAUCGAAGACCGAGACGCACUCAGGCCCUUUUUAACCCUCGAGGGAACAAAAGGGCAGUACACAAACGGUACUCGAGAUCUUACUGUCCUCGCACCAGAGUCAUACUACCUGGAUCAAGCGCUGCUCGAUAGGCCAGGGAACAAGGAGAUCCAGUUGGAUUUAUUCAAGGACUAUGAGAACAAUGUGAAGCUCUAUCCAGAGUUUCAGAAGUUCUUUGGGGAGAGUCAAGUUCCGUUGCUGGCUGUUUGGGGCGAGCAUGAUGUGUUCUUCAUACCACCGGGCGCGGAGGCGUUUAAGGGGGAUCUUCCUAAGGCGGAGGUGAGGCUGCUAGAUGCGGGACAUUUUGCAGGAGAGACUGAGACAGAGGAGAUCGGGAAGUUGAUGUUUGAAUUCCUAGACAAUAAUGGCAUCUAGGAGAUGACAUGCCGGAUCAUAGUCGGAAUGCUUACCCGAGCCCUAAGGCAGUAGUACAGAUUCAUAUUAGAUACACUACAGUAAAUUAAAGUUGCGAUAGCCUUUUA